AUGUUUUCUUGUCCAUUUCAACAAUGUAAACAGACUUUUUUAUAUCGAUCUGCUCUUCGUGAACAUACAAAAACACAUCAAUGUCAGGUAUACUGGGAGACAUUAAAUAGAAUUUCAGAAAUUUUUCAUAAUGUUGAAGAAAAUAUAAUUAAAUAUUCCGAAAAUGAAAAUAUAACAGUUGAAGACCAAAAAAUGGAAAACAAAUAUACUAAUACGAAUGAAGAUGAAUUCAAUGAAUAUAUAUUUUCAAAAGUAAAUGAAUUUAAUGAUAUAAAUGUAGGUAGAAAUAAUAUUAAUGAAAUACCAUCAGAAGAAUAUAUUACAGAAGAUAGCGAAGAACCUGAAGAAAAAUUCAUUCAUGAUUAUACUCUACAAACUCCUGAAAUAAUAUAUCAAAUAAUUUCAAUUGAUACAAGAUCUAUUUCAAAAUGUAAUAUUUCUCAAUUUCCUGACGAUGCUUAUGCUGAUUUUAUGGAACUU